AUGCAGUGUGUACACACGCACGCACGCCCCGGCUGCCGGCAAAGACCAGCUGGGGAAACACUCUCCCUCCUAAUUGUCCUGCAUCUCCGGCAGGGUGAAGAUUAGGGCUGUUGGAUUUACGCUGAUUAUUUUUCUUCUCCCCUCGCAUCCCUCCCACGCAUCCCUCCCAGCCCCCGGCUGCUGCCGUCCCCGCUCGCGUCCCCCUCGCCAGCGCCGCGGGGUGCAGGGGGGGACGGAGGGAGCCGGGGAGGAGGAGGAGGAUGCUCUGCGGGUACCCAGGAUUUGGGUGUUGAAGUUGAAGAGCGUUUCUAGCAGAGAGCCAUGCUCCACCGGGACUCGGCGCGGCUUCCCGGGAGCUAGUGCAGGCAGCCGAGGCAGGGCUGAAACGAAGCUGCUCACUCCUGCCUGGUGCUGAGGAGCCGGAGCUGUGAUUUCUUCUCGGGUUUUGUGUGCUAUUUCCAGCAUGUUGUUGCCCCUGUUCCUGCCUCUCCUGUGACGCCCGUCCCCAGAGCAGUGGGAAUCGUCGCUCCGGCGGGUGAUGCCGGCUGGAUGUCGGGCUGUUUCCAGCUCAGCUUUGCAGCCCCUUUUCUCGCGUUGGCUGGCAAAUGGCAGGACUGCCCCGUGCUUAUCUGGCGUGACAUUUCGGACCUGUCUCUGCAUGAGCUUCUGGAACUGCAGGAUUAAUGGAAACGCAAUGAAAGCGUAGCCAGCCCCCUCCCGUGGGCAGGGACCAAUGCUGCCUCGCCCCACCAGCCACCAUGGAGCUGGCUAAUACCAAAGACUUCCAGUGGAAAACCCUCGCCCCGCUCCCGAGCCGCCGGGUCUACUCGACGUUGGUGGAAGCCGGCGGGCAGGUGUUCGCCAUCGGGGGCUGCGAUGACAACGGUGUCCCCAUGGACUGCUUCGAGGUCUACUCCCCCGAGGCCGACCAGUGGACCUCGCUGCCCCCCAUGCCCACGGCCCGGGCAGGGGUGGCCGUGGCCACCUUGGGCAAGAGGAUCAUGGUGAUAGGAGGGGUCGGAGUGAAUCAGAUGCCGCUGAAGAUAGUGGAGAUGUACAACAUAGAUGAGGGCAAGUGGAAGAAGAGGAACUCGCUGAGAGAGGCUGCCAUGGGCAUCUCGGUGACGGCAAAAGACUACAGAGUCUACGCAGCUGGUGGGAUGGGAUCUGACCUGCGGCCGCACAACUACCUGCAACACUACGACAUGCUCAAGGACAUCUGGGUGUCGCUGGCGGCCAUGCCCACACCCCGGUACGCUGCCACGUCCUUCCUGCGAGGCACCAAGAUCUACGUGCUGGGUGGAAGGCAGUCCAAGUACGCUAUCAAUGCCUUCGAGGUCUUUGACACAGAGACCAGGUCGUGGACCAAGUUUCCCAACAUCCCCAACAAAAGGGCCUUCUCCAGCUUCGUGCCCACAGAAGACAAACUCUUCAGCCUCGGGGGCCUGCGGCAGGGACGGCUCUACCGGCAGCCCAAGUUCAUGAGGACCGUGGACAUGUUUGACAUAGAACAAGGUGGCUGGAUGAAGAUGGAGCGCUCCUUCUACCUGAAGAAAAGGCGAGCAGACUUCGUGGCUGGCUACCUGAAAGGCAGAGUCGUCGUGGCUGGGGGACUCGGAAACCAGCCGACUGUCCUGGAGUCUGCGGAGGCUUUCCACCCCGAGAAGAACAAGUGGGAGAGCCUGCCCCCCAUGCCCACCCCACGCUGCGCCUGCUCCAGCAUCGUGGUGCGGAACUGCCUGCUGGCCGUCGGCGGGGUGAGCCAGGGCCUGAGCGACGCCGUGGAGGCCCUGUGCCUCUCCGAUUCCUAGCUGGCUCCUGCCCGCUGGAGGACCCUGCCCCUCGCUGCCCCCAGCAGCAGCGGUGGUGGAGCCGGGCAGCCCCCGGCAGUGCUGGGGCUGGAGGAGCAGCUCAGCUUUGCCCGCUGGUAGCCAAACCCAGCCUUGCUCUGGAGCCAUGGGCGGCAGAAGCCUGCAGCCAGGGCUGCUGUUCCUCUCCCUCCCGGGCGCUGCCGUUCCAGUCCCACGGAGGGAAGGAGCACUUUAGCCGGGGGUCCCCUCCAGUCAUCUUCAGAGCUCUACAGGGAAACCCAGGUGAAGGAACUGCUCGCAGCGCUGCUGUGCCAUAUCUCCUGCCACCAGGAAGGACUCUGGCAAUCAGGGCAUGGGCAAGUGUCUCCCUGUGGCCUUCCUGACCCGCUACCAAAGGCAGCAGGUUCAGAGGUGUUAGGAGUGUCCAGACAGGUCAGUGGUGGUUCAGGGGGAACUGUUCUGGUGUUGCCCUCUUCCAGCAUCCUGGGAUCUACACGUGCUUCCCUGCACAGAUCCCCUUGGCUUGCAGCAAGGGAAACUCCUAACCUGCAGCCAGAUUCCGGGGAUCGUUCUUCUGCCUUCAUAGCAAGGCUUUUCCUGCAAACCUGUAGCAUUCGACUGUUGCUUUGGCAGAAGCUGGAGCCGAGGGGCUGUGAACACUCCUGGGAGGGAUGAAUGCCCAAGGGACUGUUUUGGUUAGAGGGAAGACCUUACUUUUGGCACAGAACUAGCACAGCUACUGCCUUUGCCGGGCUUCACGCAGAGAUGGCCUCAAUCUAAAUGCUCCAACCUGUUUUUUAGCUCCUCUAAUGAUUUUAAGGUCUUCUGUUUAGCCCUGGGAGAAAGGAGCAAAAGUGAGUCCUGGAGUGGUCUCACCCGGGGCCGGGCAGUGGCUUUGGCGAUCAAAGACCCCGGCCAUUGCCUUCUCUUUGGUUUUGCUCUCCCGGGCAGUUUGCGGGGGGCUGUCCGAGCCGUGGGGCUCAAUUCUCGCUUGUAGCAGUUGCACCAUUAAAAGCUUUUCUUCAGAAGAGCCCUCGGAGGAGCCGGGCGUGGGACCCAGCCUCAGAGAGGGCUCGGUGGGGUCGGUGGGGUGUGCGACCCCUCGUUUAAAGCGCUCCCUGGCCGGGGGUCCGGGAGGCUGCGGGGUUGGGGGGCUGCGGGGCUCCGCCGGUGCCGGACCCGCCGCGGAGCACCGAGGACACCGUGCGGCGGCGGCGGCAACGGCAGGGGCGGCCCGGGGAGCGCGGGGGGGCGGGCUGGGGGACGGCCAGGGCCGGGGAUUCCCCUUCCCCACCCGGGAAAGAGGAAUUGCAGAAAAAAACAGGGAAAUCCGAGGGUCGGAAGAUAAUAGAGUUAAUAGAACAAGACUAGAUAACUAGCAUUCAUAACACUAAAGAACCAGUAUUGAUCCCGAUGCCAAUAUAAAAUAUCCAAGGACUCUCCCCAGCCCAUUCCGUCAGCAGAAGCCGUGCACUCCCUGCAGGGACAGCCAGUGUGGGACCCUGCGAGCGCUGUGGCUUCGGGAGGAAGGGAAGGGCUCAGGGCUCCGGCACCCGGGCGAGGAGUUCUCAGGAUCCCAGCCAUCAAGGCAGAGAGAGAGAGAACUCCUCAGCAAACUCUCUAAUUUCUAUUGAAUGUGACGUUCUUGGCAUGAAAUAACCCUGUUGGCAGCUUGGGUCAAGUGCCCGGGUCUCGCUCCUCCUCAUCCCCGCACCUGGGGAGCUCGAAAGCACUGAGACCUUGAAACCUGCACACCAGAGCUGGCUGUAAAGUAAAUAUUUUCACAACUUCAGGCACUAGAGUCAUCUAGAAGUGCAUUUUCCCAAGCAUUGGAAGAGACCUUACUGAAAAGUAAAAUUACUGAAAGGGAAAUUAAUCCUGUGUUGCUGAAACCAGGGCGCAGAGGCGAGCUGGAGGGCAAGGACCAGCCUCAUUGCCUGCAUCCCCCUCCCCGGGGCGGCAGGGCCCGUUCCCCUCUGUCGGUAUUUGCUAGGAAGUGGUGAAGCGAGUGGCUCCUUUUUGAAGUGCAGCCCUGUCAGCUCCCAGUCCCCUCGCUCUGAUCUCAAAGCGCCGCGUAGCUCACAUGAAAGGGGAAAGGCACCGACUCCGCAGCUAACAACCUGCUCGCUAAUUAUUUACAUCCCACCUGCUUGUCCCUGGCUGCCUACAUAGGCACAACAGCGUCUGUCCCCAUCCCCUGCCACGGCCCCAUCUGUGGUCCUGACGCUUUGUUCGUUUAGGUGCCGUAUUUUGGAAGGUUGUUUAAAUGAAACUGUCUAAUUGCAGAAAGGAGCUCUACCCCUGAUGCAGAAAUGAAGCUCCGGACGGGGUGGAGGAGCUGCCCCCAGCAAUGCUGGCUUGUGGUCCAGCCCCCCCGGGGGGGAGCACGGAGCCCAACCGAGAGAAUCUUGUCAUAGUGCAGUCGCAGGGGGGGCUCUGGGGUGAGAUCUGCGGGGGGGUGAGGCUGCAGGGAGCAGUGAGCAGGGCACCGGGACCAGGCAUUUCUGUCUAACCGCAUCCCUGGAUGCUUAACGGUCUGCCAGGUCUAGCAGGGCUGAGGGAAGGUGCUAAGAGCACCCCUCUCUGUGUGCAGCCCCGGGGGUGCUGCCUCCUGACCCCAGAAGGCUCAUAAAACAUCCCUGUGAACUGUAAAAAUUGGAGGAGGAUGGAGGAGGCUUGGAGAGAGGGAGCCUUCUCCUCUUCUAGAACAAACCCCGUGUCUCCCCAGCACAGCAAAUAUCCAUUUCAGCCGCCCCUGCACAGCCGAGAGUCUCUAGCUAUUAAUGAAGCAUUUUCCUUUGUCCUUAAGGAACAUUUCCCACACACGGCAUAGCCUGAUGCUCCUCUGCUCUCGCUUUCUCGUUAGCCCUGAGCCCUCUUCACGGCGGCGAGGCCGCGCUGGUGGAGGCUCAGGCUUCGGUGUGGGCUUUGUUAAGCUGGAGCGAGGGGAGGAGGAAUCCGCUCCCUUUGUCUGGCUGCAGCACAGCUGGGGGCUGAUCCUUUGCUUUCUCCCUCCAGAAAGGCUGAAGAGAGCGAGAGACAAAGCAGCGUCAUGGGAAUAAACCCGCUCUAGCACUUAAUGAAGAGAUGUCAGGGACUGGGGACAAGGCUGGGGGGAGACGGUCGGUAACGAAAGCUGGGGAUGUGCCAUGCAUUUAGAGAGGGAGAGAAAGGAGCUCUCUGAGAGGCAGCACAGAGAGAAGCAGGUCUGGGUCAGCUGCCUUUGUAGUGAAACCCAAGCUCUUGUCACCAAACAGGAUCCCUGGCUCAUCCCCAACGCCGCCGUGUCCCCAGCCGGCGGCAGGUCGCUCUGCGGCACUGGGUGCUCUUGGCUGGGGGUGCUUUUCCCCAUGGUGGUGCUACGCAGAGCCAAGAUUUCACCAAAGCUUUACGCCUAGAUCUCAUUUGAACUUUUCCAGGCGUAGUUCCCACCCAUAGCAGCUUUCCCGGGAGUUUGUUUCCAUGUCUAUCCCCAUCUCAGGGGCUGGGGGCUUCGUGAGCAGCCGCGAGCUCUCGCUGUGACCUGCGGCAUGCUCUGCAGCCACCCCCGCUCUGUCUGCUGCAGUCUCCCCGGCAUCUGCUGGGAAAGGCGGCUGCCGAGGCUUCAGACACUUCCAGCACGCCUCCACUGCGCCGUGUUUCCAGAUAACGCCCACUCGGAGACCUCUGUACCUGAAGAAUUGAUGCACUUUCCCUAGUAAUAAUGCCAUUUUACAUAAACGGCUUGGCAAACACGGAGAGGUAGCCAGGCAGCAGGAAGGUGAGAAGAGCCGUAUCCAUAAUUACGUGGUGAGGGGCACAGGCUAGGACUAGAGGGUAGGACUGAUCUGUGCCUGUGCUGGGCUCUGCUCGUGGGAGCCCACAGCCCGUCUGGUUUGGCUUUUGGUGGCAGGAGUUCAGCCUGGUCCCUGAUGGAUCACGGAAUUUUUCAGAGAUGGAAGGGACCUCUCGAGAUCACCUAGUCCCACUCCCCUGCUAAAGCAGCAUUGCCCAGAGCACAUCACUCAGGGCUGCAUCCAGGCGGGUCUUGAAGGUCUCCAGAGAAGGGGACUCCACACCCUCCCUGGGCAGCCUGUUCCAGGGCUCUGUCACCCUCGCCCCAAAGAAGUUUUUUCUCAUAUUUGAUCGGAACUUCCUGUGUUCCAGCUUGUGCCCGUUACCCCUCGUCCCGUUACGGGGAACCACUGAAAAGAGUCUGGCUCCAUCCUCCUUAAGCCCACCCUUUAGAUACUUGUAAAUGUUAAUAAGGUCUCCCUUCGGCCUUCUCUUCUCCAGGCUAAAGAGUCCCAGCUCUCUCAGCCUUUCCUCAUAAGGGAAGAUCAUGCAAUCACUCCAUCAUCUUCGUUGCCCUACGCUGGACUCUCUCCAGUAGUUCCCUGUCUCUCUUGAACUGGGGAGCCCAGAGCUGGACACAGUAUUCCAGUUGUGGCCUCACCAGUGCAGAGUAGAGGGGGAGAAUGACCUCCCUUGACCUGCUGGCCACACUCUUCCCUGUGCAGCCCAGAAUUCCGUUGGCCGUCUUGGCAACAAGGGCACAUUGCUUGCUCAUGGAUAAUUUACUGUCUACCAGGACCCCCAGAUCCUUUUCUUCAGAGCUGCUUUCCAGCAGGUCCACCCCUAACCUAUACUGGUUAGGGCCUUCUGGGCCCUACCCCCAUGCUGUGUUUUCAAACUAAUCUUCUUUAAUUAUUUCAAGAACAGGUUUCAAACUUUUAAGCAUGCUUUUGAGCUGUUCUGCGGGAUGGCAGAGCAGCCCAAGGUGGGGCUGGAGGAGCUCUGCUAAUUAAUCAUGGAAUAAGAGACUUCAAUGAAAUCUCUGCCGAGGCCAGGGAAAAUCAACCCACAAUUCAAAAUAUGGAAUAUGUUACAACCUCCUGCCCUGGACGGGCUAUUUGAGCGUCCACCCCAGAUGCCCACGUGUGCUGUGUGAAUGACCCUAAGCAAAAGCAACUUGAUUGCAGGGACUCGGAGGUAAGAAUGCAACCCAUCCCCAGCACUUGCAUUGCACCCCAAAAAUGGCUUGGUCAAUGCCAUUCCUGACCCCUACAACCCCUCCUGGCCUUCCCUGCUGUUGCUGGACUUCUCUGGGGGCUCAUGAUGGCCCUCUGGACCAAGGGCAUCUCUCUUGUGGGGUUGGCGGGUGCCCAGCAAUCAGCGGUGAGCUGUUAGGCAGCACCAGGUUAUUUAAAGUUGCUUCCAGGCUCAUCAAAGACUGGAAGGAGAUGCUGGGGGACUCCAGCAACAGCCACCUUCUUGCCAGCCACCCAGCCUCUGAGAACCAGCAGUCCUUCCCUGGCUCCUCUGGGCUCGUGGGAAAUCCCUGCUAGAGGGUUGAGAUUCCCUCCAGGAGCAGGGGAAAUCCUCCCAAACUUUCCCAUUAUGUCUACAGGCUCGAUGGUGGCAUUCACUAGUUCCAGCACGCUGGCAGGCACGAGCCGGAGGAUUAAGUCUCUCCACUGAUGGUUCACACAACUGCACCUUGAAAUCCUGCCGUUCUCUGUGUGGCUCCUACCGCUGUGGGAAAUAGGAGGCUGCAGGAGAAGAAUCUGCUUUUGUUUGAAACACAAGGGCUGUGCCUGCCCUGCAGGUGAUGGAGAUGUGACCGGGAGCCAAGGCUGGGGAGCAGGGAGGUGAACCAGACUCUGUGUGUGUCGGGUUGUUUGUUUUUUAAGCAGCGCUGGGCUUGUUUGGGCUGAGCAGUGCUGGCCGGGCUCCCGUUCUCCUCCCAGUGCUCUGAACGGCAGAUGGCAUCCAUGGGCUGAGCCCAGGCUGGACCAGCACCUCCCGCGGGCAUCCUGCUGCAGCCGGGGGGCCUGCCAAGCCCAGGACCAUGCUGGCGGGAUGGCAGGCUGGCUCCAAAAUGCCAUUUUGGGUUGUGCAGGGGUCCUGGCUAAUAAGAUAAGGAUCCAGCAAAUAACUUGAGGUGAAAAGGAUGUUAUGCAUCUCCCCCAGCGUUUCGCUCCCAUAAACAGGCAUCACCCCUGAGUCCAAACACAUUGCAGUAGCUGAAUUCGGCUCUCAGGUCCUCCGAGCAGAUGGUCUUUAAUGCUGCUGCAGAGGAAAUGUCUGUGGGGUUGAGUCCUGCUCUUGCUCGCACUCCUGCAGCUCCCUGAGCUCUGCAGCGAACCUCUACAGAUUACGUAGCUGCGGAGGUUCUUUCCCCAGAUGCGUGUUGCCUGUUCUGCCUGUGCAGAUGAUGCUGAGCGCUUCCAUCUGUGAAACCGAUGCUUGAUGGAUCUCGCUGUGCCUGGAGGACCGACAUAAAGCCUCAGCCGGGAGGUCAAGCCCAAUGAUCCAACCAGCUCUGUGGAACGGCGCCUUUGAUGGGAAUGGCCAGCGGUGGUGGGUCAGCUUCGGCGGCUGCGUGGGGCAAACGGCGUCCCGGGGGACGUGAGGCAAGAGAAGUGCCCCCGCGGCGAGCAGGUCGGGGAGCAGGCAGCUUUGCAGGGUCCCGCUGCGGGCUGAGCCCACGGCAGGGCUUGUCCCGUGUUACGAGAGCACGUACCCGGCAGCCGCUGCCAUCUCCCGCAGGAACCGCUGUCGGAGCUGCAGCUGUGACAUGCAGAGCUGCUUCAGGAGGUCUCAGGGAGGCACUUGCAUGAAUCCCCGUGUUGCCCCGGCUCGGCGGGGGACAGACACCCACCAGGUCCUGUUGCAGCACGGUGGGUUGGGAUGUUCCUCCCUGCUCCCUCCCGGAGGAGCUGCGGCUGUGCCUGGGGGGGUUCCUGCCCGCGGAGGGGAGAGUUUGUGGCCUCAGCUGGCUGCUGCCGCCCUGGCACCAGGGGCAGGGUUUCCCAAGGCCGACUUGUUCUUCAGGGGCAGGGCAUGCAGUGAACUGCCCACCUGGUCUCAUGUCGUGAGGACCACUGCCGUCCUGCGUCUGACAUUGAAAUCCAAUCCCAGUGCCAAUUCUGUAGUGUAUUUAAGGGGUGUGCUUAGACCUCGGCACAGGAGAAGACCUGCUGAUGUCAAAGCGCGUUUGCGGAACCUGGCCUUGAAAUCGCUGUGGAUGGUGGCGCAAAGGGAAUCUUUUAGAAAUAAAGCAAACACGUAUGAAAUAACUGGGUUUCCAACCACCUUCCUUUCCAAAAUACAUGGUAAAUUUGACCUGCCUUGGAGAAUUGCUGUCAGCAAUCUUGAGAAUGGAUUGGCAAUUGUCCGCGGUAUCUUUUUUUUUUUUUUUUUUAAUAUAUGUGUUAACUCUCGGAGAGACUUGCAUUGAAACAGGAUCACAUUUCAGUACACCGAGUGCUUUGAACGGUGGAUUGUGGUAUUCUUUCUUACUGAUCUUCAGUAGAUGGGGCAGCCAGUUCCUCCUGUCUCGGGGGAGCUGCAAAAAGCUCCGGGCUGGUCCUCCUGCCCCAGCCGCCCCCCGGUUUCACACCACCCUGUGCCCACUGGCCACCUCGGCACUCACCACCCCUUCUCUGCCCUCCUUUAUCUGAAACCCAGCCGAGCUCUUGUAGUUUUCCAGCAACCUAACGGGGCUCAACAAAUCCCAGCGCUGGCUGGGGCCGUGUCCUCGCCUGAACUCCCCAUACUCGAAGUUGUGUUUACUGGGAGCCGGGCUUUUCAGUACCAGCGCCGGUGGCUGCUCCUGUUGCCGAUUGCCCUGCCAAAAAGCAUUGCUUCUUAUUGUCCCCGAGCAGGUUUUGUCUGCAUAAACAGGAAACUUCCUCAGAACAGCCUCUAACGGGUCUGGUUGUGGAGCAGAAAUGGCUCCCGUACCUUGCCACGGGCCCAGAACACACGCAGCCACGUCCCACUCUGCUCGGCUGGUCCUGGCCAUCGGGCAACGAUGCUCUUUGGGGUCAGUGUUGCCCUUUGGCCAUCAGCCGGCCAACCCUUCCCAAAAAGGGACACAGUUUUGCGUGACGGCUGUUGUACGGCUUCACUGGGGAAUUUCUCGUUGUCUAGAUAGCUGGGAAUAGAGCUCCUCCGUGCUGCCGGAGUCGCAGUGGCACUGGGAAACACUAGGAAACAGUAGGACCCCUCUGUCAGUGGUGUCCCCGUCGCUGUGCGCGCUGCCCUGGCCCCGGUAGGUCCCCAGCCCUGCGGGGACACCAGCUGCCGAGCCGCAGCUGAGCCAGCCCCGUGGCUGCCAGCAGACAAACCCGCUCCAUCAGCAUCCGCCGGCACGGUAACGGAUAUCAGUCACUACCCUGAAAUACAGACGCUUCCUGCUCUGAAAAUAAAA